AUGGUGUAUCGGGACCCUUUGCGCAAGGCGACAUUCUCCGCUCUAGCCAAUGCCGCUAUCCACAUCAACGUUCGGCCACUUCUGUCCUCGGAAAGAAAAGGCCAAGAUUCUCGUUUAAACCCCCCUCUCCAGGAUCCAUGCGAGGCGUGCGCUGGGAACAGAGCUAGUAAUUCUGUGCAAACUCUGUCGCGUGCUCAGCACAUCCUUGCUGUUUCGCACUACAGUACGAUCUCAGAGCCCUAUGGCUAUUCCGGGAAAACGCUGGACUAG